UGAUGGCGGAGGACAGCGAGUCUGCGGCCAGCCAGCAGAGCCUGGAGCUGGAUGACCAGGACACCUGCGGCAUCGACGGCGACAAUGAGGAGGAGACCGAGCACGCCAAGGGAAGUCCUGGAGGGGAUUUGGGAGCUAAAAAGAAGAAAAAGAAACAGAAGAGAAAAAAGGAGAAACCAAACUCCGGUGGCACCAAAUCAGAUUCUGCAUCUGACUCCCAGGAGAUUAAAAUUCAACAGCCUUCAAAAAAUCCAGCCAUUCCAAUGCAGAAGCUGCAAGACAUUCAGAGAGCUAUGGAGCUGCUCUCUGCAUGCCAGGGACCAGCAAAAAACAUUGAUGAAGCAACCAAACGUAAAUACCAGUUUUGGGAUACGCAACCUGUACCCAAACUUAAUGAAGUUAUAACUUCUCAUGGUGCAAUUGAACCAGAUAAGGACAAUGUCCGCCUAGAGCCAUACUCUUUGCCACAAGGUUUUAUGUGGGACACUUUGGACCUGAGCAAUGCUGAAGUUCUAAAGGAACUGUACACAUUAUUAAAUGAGAAUUACGUAGAAGAUGAUGAUAACAUGUUUAGGUUUGACUACUCACCUGAGUUUCUUAUGUGGGCACUACGUCCUCCAGGCUGGCUACCCCAAUGGCACUGUGGAGUUAGAGUAUCGUCAAACAAAAAAUUGGUAGGGUUCAUAAGCGCCAUCCCUGCACACAUUCGGAUUUAUGACAGUGUGAAGAAAAUGGUAGAAAUCAAUUUUCUUUGUGUCCACAAGAAAUUGAGAUCUAAACGAGUAGCACCUGUACUGAUUCGGGAAAUAACCAGAAGAGUAAACCUGGAAGGGAUUUUUCAGGCAGUUUACACUGCAGGAGUGGUACUCCCCAAGCCUGUGGCCACAUGCAGGUACUGGCAUCGAUCACUGAACCCCAGAAAAUUGGUAGAGGUGAAAUUUUCACAUUUGAGUAGAAAUAUGACUUUACAAAGAACAAUGAAGCUCUACAGACUUCCCGAUGCCACGAAGACUUCAGGUUUGAGACCAAUGGAACAAAAAGACAUUAAAGCAGUGCAAGAACUGAUCAACAGUUACUUGAAGCAAUUUAAUCUUGCUCCUGUAAUGGAUGAAGAAGAGGUAGCCCACUGGUUCCUGCCUCAGGAUCAUAUUAUUGACACCUUUGUAGUUGAGAGUUCAAAUGGUAUUUUAACCGAUUUCCUGAGUUUCUACACGUUACCUUCAACCGUUAUGCACCACCCUGUUCAUAAAAGCCUCAAAGCUGCCUAUUCCUUCUACAAUAUUCAUACAGAGACUCCUCUCUUGGAUUUAAUGAAUGAUGCACUCAUUAUAGCUAAAUUGAAAGGAUUUGAUGUGUUCAAUGCACUAGACUUGAUGGAAAACAAAACAUUCCUGGAAAAACUCAAGUUUGGGAUAGGAGAUGGGAACUUGCAGUAUUAUUUGUACAACUGGCGGUGUCCUGGCAUGGAAUCCGAAAAGGUUGGCCUUGUAUUACAAUAAGGAGGACCCUUGUGUUUCUAGAACUCUGAAGCUGUCAUUUGGAUUGAUUUAAUCUACAUAACAGUUCUUGGAACAGUAUUGUUCAAGAGGAAUAAAAGCACAACAUCAGUGAAAUUGAAAUAAUCCAUCAAAUCUAAAAUAAUGAAGAAAUCCGUAGCUGACCAAUUUUCACAUUUUCAGAUAAAAUGGAAAGUUCAUGAAACUUUUAUUGUCCAUAAAAAGAAUAAAAGCACAUUCAUUUAAUUUUCAAAGCUUAGCUCGCACCUUGAUAAAAAGACGGUAUUUUUUUCCACUCUGUAGAAAAGACUGUUUUGUACAAACUGAACUGCAGUGGUGGAUUAGGGGUACGAAAAUCUUUGCUAUUAUGUGAAUGAACUGCUGCAUUUCUAUUUAUUAAGUGGUGGUGUAUGUUUGUCAGUGUAACAGAAUGAAGGAUCCAAACUGAGUAUCUUUGCUUAUAAAAUUCACAUGGAUGUCAUCAUUUGGGGUAAAAUAAUGGAGUUAUGAUACAUUUGUAGCUAAUAUGAAAGUCUUGGAUGUUUUUGUAACUGGAGCAGUAUGAAAAUGUGCUGGUUUGACUAGUGCAUUUGUUUCUCCAUAAGCAACGCUGCCAAAUCAAUAAAAAUACAGAUUUGUACUUUGA